AUGCCACCAGUGACAGAGAAAGAGCAUGUAAACGGUACGACAAACGGUGAGUUGAAGCAACGACGGCGUCCGGGACGCGUCCCAGUCUCUUGCGCGGAAUGCCGCCGCUUGAAGCUCAGGUGUGACCGCAAGGUGCCUUGCGAGACUUGUGUGAAGAGAGGAUGUGCCGCAAUUUGCCCAGAAGGCUCUCUCACUACUGGCAGAGCGAACCGAGGCGCAAUCGCCGGCGUAGAAGAAUUGCACAGGGACAUUGAGCGGCUGCGUACCCGCUGUGCUACUCUCGAGGAUGCCUUGAGAACUCUACAAGCCAAGAUCACGGACGAGCCGCAUCCUCUACUUAGCGAUUCACCGAAUUCGUCGGGAACACCAGAGUGGUCAGGCGGUCCGACACCUGAUGGCCCGCUUCUCUCGCGUGCAGACGAAGAGGUCCUCGACUCCUUUGGCACUCUCACCCUCGGCUUGCGGGGAGAAGCGAGGUUCUUUGGGCAGACUUCAAGAUCCGAGUACCUCAUACACGCACCGUGUUGCGGCUACAUGUCAUAUACAUCCUUCCCCCAUCUGUCCAAGGAGCUUAUCGACGAAGCCAUCAUGGAGCUCGACGUCCCGUGCGAGAAUCCAACUAUACACGAGGAAAUCCGCCGCGCGCUGCCAUCGCUCUCGCAGGCCUACCGUCUCUGCGAGAUCUUCCUGGAAUACGGACAGUACGUAUGGUACCCCAUUCCGCGGGAACAGGUGUUCGACGAAAUUAUGGGCGAGAUUUACCGGGCUACGCCCCCAUCAGACACCUGUUUCUCUUGCAGUCAUGCCACCUCGCUCUUGUUCGCUAUAUUCGCGCUCGCUACUCUGUUCGACCUGGACGCCCCCCCGUACGCCAUCGAGGCGCACGAGUAUUAUCUCCUGGCGCGGCUUUGCCUGCGGUUCGCGCCUCCAAUACGGGACACUACACUGACGGCAGUGCAGAGUCUGGUCUACAUGGCGCAGUAUUUGGAGCUGAGCGAUUGUGAACCUGCACAUACCGGCUCUCAGAAAGCGUGGUUGCUGGUCGGACUGGCUGUCAAGUUGGGAUACAGCGUCGGCUUGCAUGUGAAUAGCUCUAGGUGGAAACUUGACGAUGAUGCCAGCCAAAGACGAAGCCGUGUGUUCUGGGAGCUCUUCAUGCAGGACACCUGGAUCAGCUUUGGCUUCGGACGCCCACCAUCCAUGUCCAUGUCCUUCAUCGACUGCGAAUUCCCCAAAGACACUCAAGCUUUCAUCUCCGAAUCCGGAGCAAGAGAGUGCAGCUAUCAUAACUGGACGUGGCAGUUCUCGAAGCUACUGCACACGAUCGUGAGCACGGCGUUCGGUGCCAAGUCGCCUUCUUAUGCGACCGUGCUCGACUUUGACCGCAAGGUCCGCGACUUCCCCGUCCCUCCGCACCUCCGCCCCGACUGCACGUUGCCCGAGUUCGAGCGAAUGCUGCCGUCAUUCUUCAUGCGCGGGUUCUUCGUCGUGUCGUCCAAGGAGUCGACGCUACUGAGCUUGCACAGGCCGUUCUUCGUCCAAGCCUUGAACGAACAGCCGGCAGAUUUGCUCAGACACAGGUACGGGCCGUCCGUGAUGGCCAUCUAUCGCUCGGCCUGGAGAUCCAUCAACGGCGCCAAGGAAGUAUUUAAGCGCAUGCCUGCCGUGAUCUCGCGCUUCGGGUUGACGUGGUCGCAGUGCAUUGCUGGAGGAAUCGUUAUGUGUCUCCUGGUUACUCGGGCGCCCUCGUCGCCCCUCGCCAGCUCUGCAUUGCAGGAGCUAGUGAAUUUAUGUGAGUUGUUCGAGCGAGCCGCUGAGACUUGCCAAAUUGCGUCAAAUAAUCUUGACGUGGUGCGAAAGCUCUACCGCCAGGGCCAUGAAACAAUGAGCAAGUCGCAGUCACAAAAGGCGCCAGGCAUGACCGCAAACGAGCUCGACAGGCUCGGCGGGAAGACACAUCUGAUAUCGUCCAACUCCGAUAUCGCCCAGCAGUGCCCGUACGCGCAGCCGAGACGCAUGGACCCAUUCAUCGUGCCUGUACCUGCGCCCGUGCCCGCAGAGUUCAUCCACCCGACGAUCAUGCAGGACCUGCGCUCGUUCGACGGGCUCAACCCCAGCGGGUACGUCGGGAUGGAGCCGUCACCGUUCUAUUUCGACCUCCUCCCCGGCCCGUCGGGUGCGGGCGCGGGAGCUGGUGUGGGCGCCGGGGGGUUCGCGAGUUCGUCUGUGGAAAUCACGCCGGAGGUGUUCGACCAGUUCUUUGCGCAGAAUGGGUUCGCCGCGCCCGUCGUCGAGCCGGAGCAGUUUGCGGGCCCGCCGGUACUUGACUCGACCUGGCAGUCGUUUGUGGAACAGUUGGGAUUCUAA